AUGCUCAAAGUGGAAGCAGAUAAUUCGCUAGACCUGUCCCAUGUUUCUGCCUUCCGUGAACCGGAGUUCAUUUUCCUGAAUAAACUGUUCGAAAAACAUGGUUUCCAAGUACGUGUUGCCGGAGGCGCCGUCAGGGAUGUUCUUAUGUCAGUCGACCCCAAGGAUGUAGACCUUGCCACAACGGCCACCCCUGAACAGAUGAUCGAGAUGUUUACUCAGGAAAACAUUCGAAUGCUCAAUCGCAAUGGAGAGGCUCAUGGUACGGUCACCGUCCGAAUUAACGACAAGGUAUGUCAAUUGCAUGUCAUCCCGCCUGUGAAUUGCGCUACUUUGGUUUGGAGUAGUCUACCUUCGUACGUUCUUUUUAUCAGGACUCUUCUACAUAACUUUAAACACGAACACUUUGAAUAA